AUAAAUAUAUAAAUGCACAGAAGAAGAAUUCACAUUUUCACCGAGUAGAGAAACUUGAUUUCACCAGAUCUCCAGGGUUCCUGAUAUUAGUAAUUGAUAAACAUCAACACUCUAUAGGAAAACAACAGCAAGACUACAAAAGCGAACCAAGUUAAAACUGCCUGCAACUUCAAAGAUAACAUCACUGACAUAUAUUCCAAGUAUGCCGUCCUAUACUCUCCACUAUUUCAACCAUCGUGGCCGUGCUGAGAUCUGCCGUAUGCUGUUUGCAGCUGCUGGUGUCCAAUACAAUGACCGCAGGAUUGAAGGCUCAGUAUGGAAGGAUAUGCGAAGCAAGAUGCCUUGCUGUAUGAUGCCAAUACUUGAAGUCGACAGUAGAUACCAAAUCCCGCAGAGUAUGUCUAUUUCUCGCUACCUUGCUCGAGAAUUUGGUUUCCAUGGCAAGAAUAACAUGGAAAUGGCCAGAAUCGACUACAUCUCAGACUGUUUCUACGAUAUCAUGGAUGACUACAUGAGAAUGUACCAAGACAAUAAUGGAAGAAUGAUGUCUGAGAGGCGUAUGAGAUUUCAGGAAACCUGUCGCAGAAUACUUCCAUUCUUAGAGAGAACUUUGGAGAUGCAAAAUGGAGGUAGCAGAUUCUUCAUGGGUGAUAAUAUGACCAUGGCUGAUAUGAUGUGCUACUGCGCCCUAGAAAACCCAAUGAUGGAAGACUCCUCUUUCCUGAACAGCUACCCCAAAAUAAGGGCUCUUCGAGAACGGGUCAUGACACAUUCCAAAAUGUCCCACUACUUGAAGAAGAGAUGCCGUACCGAUUUCUAAUGGAACACAAAACACAAAUGAAUACAAAUGAUAUGCAGCCUCAAACAACCUCCUGAUUUUCUCACUAGUUAACCGAUAAGUUAUCAACUAAAUAAUAUA